AACAUGAGCAGCAAUAACUUGAGUGGCAACGACGAGUUUGAUGAGCAGUUGCGGAUGCAAGAAUUAUACGGAGACCCCAAGGACGGCGAUCCCCAGGAAGAUCCCGGUGGAGAAGCCAAUUCUUUGGGGCAGCAGCCGGCUGACACCCCCUACGAAUGGGAUCUGGACAAGAAGGCAUGGUUCCCCAAGAUCACUGAAGAUUUCAUAGCUACGUAUCAGGCCAAUUACGGCUUCACUAACGAGGGAGCAUCCAGCUCUACUGCAAACGUCCAGGAUGUCAGUGCUGGUAAUGCGGCGGAACCUCCGCAGAGAAAGUCCCCAGAGCCCAGUGAACCCAAAAAGAAGGGAGAAAAACGAAAGGCUGAAUCAGGCUGGUUUCACGUUGAAGAAGACAGAAAUACAAACGUGUAUGUGUCUGGUUUGCCGCCAGACAUUACAGUGGAUGAAUUUAUACAGCUCAUGUCCAGAUUUGGCAUUAUCAUGAGAGAUCCUCAAACGGAAGAAUUUAAGGUCAAGCUUUACAAGGAUAAUCAAGGAAAUCUUAAAGGAGAUGGGCUUUGCUGUUAUUUGAAGAAAGAAUCAGUGGAUCUUGCAUUAAAACUUUUGGAUGAAGAUGAAAUUAGGGGCUACAAAUUACAUGUGGAGGUGGCACAGUUUCAACUGAAGGGAGAAUAUGAUGCCUCAAAAAAGAAGAAGAAAUGCAAAGACUACAAGAAGAAGCUGUCAAUGCAACAAAAGCAGCUGGAUUGGAGACCUGAGAGAAAAGCUGGACCAUCCCGAAUGCGCCACGAGCGAGUUGUUAUCAUCAAAAAUAUGUUCCAUCCUGUGGAUUUUGAGGAUGAUCCAUUGGUGUUAAAUGAAAUCAGAGAAGACCUUCGAGUAGAGUGUUCAAAGUUUGGCCAAAUUAAGAAGCUCAUUCUCUUUGAUAGACAUCCAGAUGGUGUGGCCUCUGUGUCCUUCAGGGAUCCAGAGGAAGCUGAUUAUUGCAUUCAAACCCUUGAUGGGAGGUGGUUUGGUGGCCGUCAGAUCACUGCCGAAGCAUGGGAUGGGACCACAGAUUAUCAGGUGGAGGAGACAACAAGAGAGAGAGAGGAGAGGCUGAAAGGCUGGGAGGCUUUCCUCAACGAGCCCGAGGCCACCAGAGGCUUUCGGCGCUCGAAUCUCGCCGGUGCUUCACAAAGAGCCGGGCCUUCCAGAGUAAGGCAUUUUUCAGAGCACCCUGGCACAUCCCAAAUGAAGGCUCCAGAAGCCGCAGCUGAAGGGGCGUGUGGAGCUCCCACAGAUGAAAAGAAGUUUGAAAAAGCAGAAGAUGGGGGAGAACGUGAAGACCAGCCUCCUGAAAAGGAUGCUGAAGAAGGUGCCCCCAAUGAAGAGUCUGAAGAAGCCUGCCUUGAAAAAGAGUCUGAAGAAGGAGAAGGCUGUCCUGCCAAAGGGUCUGAAGACGGCUGCCAGGAAAGGGCACCGGAGGAAGGCAGUCUUGGAAAAGAGUCUGAAGAGAAUGGCUCUGAAAGAGAACCUAAAAAGAAGAAAUUCAAGAAAGAGGAAGAGAAUGGCCUUGAAGAAGCUAAAGCAGACAGCCAUGACAAGGGUUCUGAAGAUGAAGAAGGCCCCAAAAAAGAAUCCGAAGAUGGCUCAGAAAGAGAAUCUGAAGAGAGCUCUGAAAAAGAAUUUGAAGAAAAUGGUCUUCAAAAAGAAGUUGAUGAGGAUGACUCUGAGAAAGAGGGAGAAGAUUCUGAAAAAUCCGAAUUUGAAGAUGAUGGCUCUGAUAAAGUGUUUGAUGAGGAAGGUUCUGGGAGAGGGUCUGAAGAAGAUUCAGAAGAAAAGGGAGGAGAAGAAGAUACAUAUGAAAAAGUGUUUGAUGAUGAAUCAGAAGAAAAAGAGGAAGAAGAAAAUGCAGAUGAAAAGGGCCCUGAAGGUGCUGAUGAAAAGGAGGAAGAUGAGGCGGAGGAAAAGCUGUUUGAUGAUUCAGAUGAAAAGGAAGAUGAAGAAGAUGUAGUUGAGAAGUUGUUUGAAGAUGAUGAUUCCGAUAAGCUGUUUGAGUCUGAUGAAAGAGGGCCUCUGGGUUAUUUUGGGAAUCUUCAGGAAGAAGGGCCCCUGUCCACAAGCAGCAGCUUUGUCCUCAGUAGUGAUGAUGAUGAUGAUGAUGAUGAUGAUAUUUAA